UUCUCGGCCAAGUGCGAACGAUGUACAAACUAAUGUGGAUAUUUAUUUUUUUUCUACUCGACGUUCGCCAAAGCCACGAAAAUCAUAUAGAUCCCCGUAUAGUUGGUGGAUUUCCAGCGGAUAUAGCCACCAUCCCGUACAUAGUAUCUAUACAAUUAUAUGGAAUCCACCACUGCGGCGGCUCAAUAAUAAAUAACCGAACCAUUUUAACGGCGGCCCAUUGCUUGGCCGGAGUUUCGCGGCGUUUGCUGAAAGUCAAAGCCGGUGGAACCACACGCGAUCCAAAAGAUGGAAAAUUAUACCCGGUUGCUGCAGUUUAUCACCAUGAAAAGUGGUCGGCCAAGACAAUGGACUAUGAUAUUGGCCUCCUGCGUCUAACCACUGCUAUCACUUACUCCAGAAAGAUAAAACCUAUCAAAAUAAGCUCAAAAAAGGUAGCGGAUGGAAAAUUUGCUACGAUCGCCGGGUGGGGCUUUACAAGCAGCGAUGCUCAAACUUCCCAAGGGUUAAGAUAUGCCCGAGUGCCAAUAGUGAAUCACAAAAAGUGCACAAACCUAUACGGGAAAAGGGUGACUGAUCGAAUGGUAUGUGCUGGUUACCUCGAAGGUGGAACUGAUGCCUGUCAAAUGGACUCCGGCGGUCCACUUGUUUUUCAGGAAGAGCUGAUUGGCAUUGUGUCCUGGGGCGUGGGUUGCGCCCAACCCAAUAAGCCUGGCGUUUAUGCGCGGCUUGAAACUUUGGCCUCCUGGGUUAACACAACUUUGAAUAAAAUAAAGACUUAA